CCAGACCUCCUCCACGACACACGGAUUCCUCAUCGCAAGCCCGCAUCACGCAGUGGCCCUCCCCGACCCAGAGAGUCACGCCAGACACCACCCCCUGUACCGGCCGAGCUCAUGCGCGCAGCGGCGGUCAAUUGCGGCCCCGCCCUCGAUAUUCACCGGUCUGCCUGAUAUAAGCAUUUGGCCUGCGCCCUUCCGUCACCGUGCAUGCCUCGACCAACGCCAGACCAAGAGGUUCACCUCCUGGCACAUCAUCAUCAUCACGACGACCACGACCACGACCACGACAACAACCACGACGGCGACAACGGACACCGCCAUCCCCACCACCACGACCCGCGGUCCCGCUCCCCCUACGACUCGUCCGCAGCCCACACACCGCAGACCGACGACGACAACACCACAUGCACCCCGCGGCAGCAGCCCCCCGACGCCCGUGCCGACUCAAACACUGCUGGCGGCCGUGGCCACAGGACCAGCAGUCCGACCGCCGCUUCCGGUCCUGAAGCGCGCAGCCGCUACGACGGCCACUACGACGACGAUCCCACAUCGCGGCAGUCGCCCGCCGAGAGCAUUGAGCUCGACGACAUGGACUCCGCCAACGGGUCCCCUGGCCGUCCGGGCCUUCGUCGCAACGGCCGCUCGGGCCAGCCGCUCCUCUAUACCAAACCCGAGGAUGAGGAACGCCGCAACGGCAACGCCCAUCACGGCCGCCGUUCCAGCGACGAGCGUGCCACGAGCCUCGAGAGCGGCUAUGCCUACGACGACACAAUCCACCGUCCGACCCUCAGCCGCCGGUCGACCAUGCACAGCCAUAACCCGCACGACGUAACGGCAGCCGAGAAGGCGACGCGCAAAAAGUACACGUUUGCUGCCUUCUUCCUCGCCAUCAGCCUCGUCUCCUUCUGCGUCCAGACGGAGCUGAGCGCCUACAUCCAGCACGACCUCGGCUGGGACAAGGCCUACUGCAUGAUGUACUUUACCCACGGGUCCUGGAUCGUCCUGUACCCAGUGAUGCUCGGCGUGCUACGUGUCCAGAAGCUGGGCGAGCCCUGGGAGGUGUUCCGGCGUCGCCACGUCCAGAUGCUCAAGACGACCAUUGCCAUGAUUGAGCUGCAGACCCUCGACGUCUUUGGCCCGUCUGUGCAGCGCAGGUCGCGUCCGUUCCUGUAUCUGGCCCGCACGACGGCCUUCAUCACCUCGGCGCUAACGGUCGCGGGCCUGAGUUGGUACAUCGCCGUCAGCCUGACGACGCCGUCGGACUUGACGGCCAUCUACAACUGCUCCGCCUUCUUCGCGUACGUCUUCUCCGUGCCGAUACUACGGGAGCCCCUGCGCUUGGACAAGUCCAUUGCCGUCUCUAUCGCCAUUCUCGGCGUCCUGGUGGUGGCAUAUGGUGAUACGGGCGGUGGUGAAACGGACGAGUCAGCCGGCCCACCGGGGAACACGACGCCUGGUGCGGGGAGCCGCUUCCUCGGGAACCUCGUCAUUGGCGUCGGCUCCGUGCUGUAUGGCCUGUACGAGGUCCUGUACAAGCGCUACGCGUGUCCGCCCGAGGGCGUGUCUCCCGGCCGGGGCACCAUCUUCGCCAACACGUUCGGCGCCUGCAUCGGCCUCUUCACCCUCACCGUCCUGUGGGUUCCGCUGCCGAUACUGCACUGGCUCAAUAUCGAAAAGUUUGAGCUGCCGGAGGCGUCGACUUGCUGGCUCAUCCUCGUCGCCGUCCUCGCCAACGCCACCUUCAGCGGCUCGUUUCUCGUGCUCAUCUCGCUCACGUCGCCCGUCCUGUCGUCAGUUGCCGCGCUGCUGACCAUCUUCAUUGUCGCCAUCGCCGACUGGUUCCUCACGGGGCAGCCGCUCAGCUGGGCGGCCAUUAUCGGAGGGAGCAUGAUUAUCGUGGCAUUUGUGGGGCUCAGCUGGAGCACGUACAGGGAGAUGACGGAGCAUGAGGCGCAGAAGCUGGCCGUGGACCUGACCGAUAGCGAUGAGGACGCGAGCUUGUCACCCAACGAUCGCUAAAUCACUUGUGUAUGGCGGCCGGCUCGAUUUUGUUUGCGGCCGGGCUAUUCAUCGGGCAAGCGGGACGCUGUGAUCUCGCGAGUCCUAGAUUUUGGAGUUUUUUUUUUGGGUUUCAGUCUGUUUUGGCCAUCGACGAUGUAGUUGGUUGGCAUACACGGCGGGGCAUCAUCUCGUCAUAGAGACCAAAGACAUGAGAUCAUCUCACGUCUAGAGGUGUGGCUGGGCCGCAUUUUUGGCAUUUGGAUCAUGUAUCGAAUCAUAUACAAGGCACCGCGUGCCGGGACUAAGUUCUCGCGAUGGUAUCACAACCAGGCGAAGAACCGGGGCGCCUCUUCAAAGAGUCGCGAAAUACUCUCUUGUGUGUUGCAAGCGCUUGAGCACGCAGUUGUUGCUCCGAUCCCGUAUAUACCCUCUGGG